CGGCAGCUGUCCAACCAUCUUGAUGCAACAAGCGUCUGGUGAGGCAGCAGCGCAGCAUGCACGUCUCAUCCCGGGAACUUGGAGACAGGAUUCGUCAGAGAUGUACGCCGUGGCCUUGCAUUGACAGAUGGUUUGUAUGCGGACGUUGACACCGGGCUGGAGCAUGACAGCACAGGAGUUUGGGCUACUCGCUGAUAAGACAGAACAGCUUGUCAAUGUCUUCUGCCAGCUUCAAGCAAGAGUCGGGGAUGAGUGAUGGGAACGAGUUGCUCGGAUCUUCUUCUAGCUGGAUUGAUAAAUGUGGAACACAUGGAUGUGUUCAGUCCACGAUCAGUCCGUUUGGCGACUUGACGUGCACUUCCUGCGACGGCUCGCGGAAUGACAACGGUGUUACUAGCCUGGAUGAUAUUGGUGUAGGCAUGAGCGAAGAGAGCGCAAUGUGUGCCAUCAAAUGAGGACAAAUAUUGAUUGCAGUCGUGAUGCGAAUGGAAGCCACCUUGGCUUCGAACCUCUGUUUGGGACUUCUCUGGAUUCGUGCCAUCCCCCUUUUCCAGUUCCCAUCUGUUGUACAUCCCGUUUCGCCCGAGAACUUGACCAGAACUUUGUUCUGAUCCUGGGUUCUCCUGUAACGGACGUGGCAUGAACAACAGACAUCAAGCGCAGGGUUAUUCCGAUCAUCACACUCCUAAACUUAGAGAUUCCACCCUCUCCACCACCUUCAUCUCCCCGCGCAAGGCGCCCCGGCCUCCGUCCGACGUUCAUUUCCCGGAGACUCUCUCGCCAGACUCUCGCUCAAGCACGCCCGCUUUUUCGUUGUCGGCGGUCUUCAAUCGCAAGAGAAACCGUUCUGCCCCCCGUGCCCCUUCCUUGUAUUCGACCUCCAGCGCCGCCACCACUGCCAGUGACCGUUCAAAUCACCCGUAUUCAAUGCACGUCGCACCUUUACCAGUUGUGUCCAAUUCGGAGAUGCAGGAGGAGGAGGAGGAAUGCCCUGUAUGCCUCGAGCCCCUUAGUUUCAGCUUUCGUCUCCCGGGUGAAAAGCCUCACAUUGUACCCGAGUGUGGACACGCACUGCAUGAAGCUUGUUUUACGGCAGUGUACGGACCUCCCCCAUCACAGGCUCGCUCGACGGUACCCCGCAAAAGCAACCUUGGCGUCUGUGGUGUCUGUCGCCGUCCGAUGAAAGUGGGAGAUGGAGAUUCUGGAAAGUCUAAUAAAUUGGCUGCCUUGACGGGCAUGGGACCUCGAGAGACCGGUGGAAACGUCUUUCCUGGCCGCGAUAACGGUUCUGUUGCGGCACGCAACAAUCGCUCUCACUCUAAUGCAUCUCGCCCCUUCGACCCGAACGCCGACGACCCAAUCGAACUCCUCGGCCCUCAAAAGCAGGAUCAGUACGGGAGCAACAGCACAUAUGUUGUGGCGCCGUCCAUUCAAGUCCGCCCUGAGUUUUCGUCCCUCACUCGCACGUCGGACAGUAACCAGCCACUGACAUGCAUCGUGGUCAUCGAGUUGCCCGGCAAACGCAUCACUACCGGACCUGUUCCCGGUUCUGGUCCACCUCAGCCCCAUUCACAGGCACAAUCCCAGCGGUCUGGGCAUUCAUCUCCGCACCCCGAGUCGAUUCGGCGACGCCGUGAACCUAGCGAAGGCAGUGCUUCCCCGCCCCAAUAUGCAUCUUCGACAUUGGAUCCUGAGCCGGAGGAGUCCUCACCGUUCAGUGCAAUUGCUGAGGAUCUCCGCAGACGCACAAUCGACUGGAAAGGGCAUCCGAUCUCAGACCUUGGCCCAUUACACCUGUAUGACCAACUCGGUGUUCGCCGGGACUCAGUCGUCCGGCAAUUCUAUGUUUACCUCUUUCGAGAGGCACUCAUCUGUGUUUCAGAGGAAAAGAAGCGAUCUCUCGGUCGGUUGUUGAGCAACGCAUCGGAUGGCUCCAGCUUCAGUAAUGGUGGCAGUGCGACUCGAGGGGUGCUUCGAUUGCGUGGUCGCAUCUUUGUCUGUCACAUCAAGCAUGUGACGGCGUCUUCGUCGGCCGGCGAGAUGAGUCUCACAAUCGACAUGGAAGACGACCUGGCUAGCUUCAUCUUGAUCUUCAAAGAACGGUCGUCUCUGGAGGCAUGGCGCAGCAAAAUUCAGUCUCUCAUUGAGACGUCGCCGAAUCACAAUUCAUCACGGCAGCGACAGGAAGAACAGGAACGAAUGCGGGAGAGGGGAUUGGACAUGGAAGAGUUCGGCGGAAAUAUCAAUUCCAAAGCGAUGAAGAUGUUGUCUGGAGGCAGCGGCACCACGACCAGCACGAUGGACAGCAGCCUCUUGAACGGGUCAGUCCGCAGCACGAUGAGCAGCUCCACGAGCCACGGCAGCCUCCCUCCACCUAGGGGCGGUUACUCUAACAAACUCAGUCCUUUGGGCGAAGACGACGAACACAGCUCUCACGGUAGCGCCUACGACUCAUCUCCUACAGGUCUGGUCACCCCGUACACAAGUGCAGGACCCAGCAAUAAUCUUGCACCUGUGGCCCACCCUUCCAUUGAUUUGAUUCUUGUCAUAUCUUUACCGCCGCCAGGUGCUGCGCCGUCCACUGCUGCACUCAAAGUCCGAGUUAUCCGCACAACACUCGAUUUUGUCAUCGCAAGCCUUGGGCCGAAGGACAGACUCAGUCUGGUUACCUUUGAAGUGGGUCCAGGCGGUCGGGUCCGAAAGACGCCUUUCUUGAGUGCUAUGAAGGGCAAAGACGGUCGGCGACGGCUCGAGAGAUUCGUUGAGAGCAUGGGAAAUUCGCCCGGUGAAGAGGACGAGUUUUUGGUGAGAGGGAGCAAAGAAGAGAAGACGGAUGUCGUGACCGCCGUCAACCAUGCCCUGGAUGUCGUGCUGCAGCGCAAGGCCAAGAACCCAAUCUCUGGCAUGCUCCUGAUCUCCGAUGCCGCUGAUUCGACUCGUCGCGCCCAAAUGGAUCUCGUUCUAGCUCGCGCUGAAGCUGCAAAUGUCCCCAUCCAUUCGUUUGGCUAUGGCCGAUCCCAUGACCCAGCUUCGCUCUGGCUCAUGUCCAACCACACUUCUGGCACCUACACUUUCGUGAAGGAUUGGUACGACCUGAGAGACUGUGUCGCCGGUUGUGUCGGCGGGAUGAUGUCUAUUGGGCUUUUGGGAAUGAAACUGCACAUGAAGAUCGUGGAUGGCCUGAGAUUCAGGAUUCGCAAAGUCAGCGGGGGACCAAGCAGCAUCCUUGCCAGUGACGGUCAGAACGUGGACGUCGAAGUUGGAGAAUUGAGAUAUGGGGAGCGCAAAGAGAUGUUGAUCGAGAUGGAACUCGACAACAGUGACAUGCAGGCAAAAAUGGCGGCUAUGCGCAUGAGCCAGCCCCAGAAUAGUCGAGCUGGGGGCGCACAGCGGGCCAUGAACGCGACGGAUCAGUUCGUCGCAAGUAUGGGCUUGGAUGCCCUUGCCAUGGAAGACGGCCCCGACUUUGCUGAUGGCAUGAUGGAUAGGAUGAUUGACGAAGUACCCGUUGUUGAGGUCGACGGCUCGUUUUUCGACCCUGCAGCGAGCAAGCACGUCUCACGACUCGCUCACCCUGUUCUCCUUACCGUCACAUUGCUGCCAGCUCAGAACCCAGGGCAAUCCCCCUCCUCGGCAGUCUCCGACCCCAUGAUAGUCCGGCGCCGAAUGGAGCUCUUGACGAGCGACAUGAUCACCCGGGCUCUCGUCCUCGUCAGUCGGCGAAACUUCCCUCAGGCUCAGAAGAUCCUGAGCGAGACCAAACGAAUUCUUCACACCGUUCUUACCACCAUCAGCCGCACAUUGCCUGCACCAAAUGCGACAGGGAGUGGAACCACCCGAAACCGUCGCGAAAUUCUCACCCUCGCUGCGGUCCGGUGUAUGCAAGCCAUGCUCCAGGAUCUAGCCCUUUUGACCGAAGCUCUCGAGGAGAACGUUGAGUUGUUUGCUCACGACCAACGCAACUUCGGGGCUCAGCAAGCGAUGAUUCUCCGUGAUCAAAAGAGCUGGACGGGCCGUAGUGCGACGGAACGGCUCUUCUGGACAACUGACAAUUCAAUCGAGCUGGUCUCCCGAAGCACUGACUGGGUUGCCCGCGAAUAGCGAUCCCCCUUUCGUUGGAAUUCCAAUUUACAUAAUCCGCUUGGUAUCUGUCCUGCUUUGUAUCCACAGGUCGUUUUCUGUGUUAUCUUAUUACAAGUCUUUCCUUCCUACUUUGUACAUAUGUUUCUGUAAUCCACGUGAAUGCACACUCCUUUUGUUUUCUCCCAUCUGGAUGACGACAAGAUCCUUCCGAGAGCAUGCGAUUGAAGUAUUUAUGAUGUGAUCGCCAUCUUCACUUCCCCCACCAUCCAGUCAAGGACAACCCCAUGCCUCGCCAAAUCCUUGAUAAUGCGCUCGCCGCAGUCGGAAACACCCCUCUCAUCCGUUUGGACAAAAUCGCAGCGCAAUGGGAAUUGAAGUGCAACUUGCUGGCUAAAGUAGAAUACAUGUCGGUCGGAGGCUCUAUCAAGGACCGUAUAGCAAAGGCCAUGAUUGAGGCUGCCGAGAGGGAAGGCAAACUGGUUCCUGGUCAGAGCGUGAUCAUCGAGCCGACGUCGGGAAAUACAGGCAUUGGAAUGGCCAUGGCCUCAGCCAUAAAGGGGUACAAAUGCAUCAUAACUCUCCCGAACAAGAUGUCUCUCGAGAAGGAAGCCGCUCUGCGCGCAUUGGGAGCUGAAGUGGUUCGCACCCCCACGGAGGCUGCGUGGGAUUCCCCCGAAAGCCACAUAGGUGUGGCCAAGGCUUUACAACUCGCCAUUCCUGGCGGGAUCAUAUUGGACCAAUAUCGUAAUGUGAACAAUCCUCUAAUACAUGAAACCACGACGGGACCGGAGAUCAUCGAAGCGGUUAUAUCUACGCCGUCAACCGAAGCACAUCCGUCCUCGUGCAAGGUCGAUGCAGUCGUGUGUGGUGCUGGGACGGGGGGAACAGUGACUGGCGUCUCCCGCGCAAUGAAGAAGACCCAUAACAAGGACUGCGUCGUUGUUGGCGUCGAUCCUCACGGAAGCAUUCUAGCUGUGCCCAACGACCUCAACGUCCAGGAAGAAGGAUCCUCUUAUGUUGUCGAGGGAAUCGGAUACGAUUUUGUUCCCGACGUUCUAUCGCGGGAUGAUGUGGAUGUUUGGAUCAAGACCGGAGACGAGGAGGCAUUUGCUGCUGUCCAGGUCUUGAUGCGCUCCGAGGGUUUGCUGGUGGGCGGAAGCAGUGGUAGCGCGCUCAGUGGGGCAGGCAAAUGGUUCAAGACAGACGAGGGUCGGAAGAUUGCACAAACCAAGGGUGCAAAUGUUGUCCUUGUUCUUGCCGAUGGGAUCCGAAACUACAUGAGCAAAUCGUGGUUCCUUGACAUGGCAAUGAAAGCGGAGCCAUCCGAGCUUGCGAAGAGCAUUGCUCAAGUUUUGCAGGUAGAGGCGAAGCACGGGGACUAGGAAAUUGCAUAGAUGACUACCGAGAUUGUUGCUUGAAGCAUCUAGAGAUGAAUCCAAGGACUACAGGACUUAUU